AUGUCGCCCGUCUCCGUAGACGGAAGUGACUGGUCGGGCCUUAAUCAAUAUCAGAAGUCGGAUGCGCCUUUCUCGCCGACCUUCUCGAAUCGCAGCAAUCUGGCGACACCUCCUACCUCUGGCGUGCCGAAUCCACCCAAUAGUGCCGGUCUUCCAAAUGGGUCGUCGUCUUCACAGUUGAGUGAUUCGGGAAACCCAUCUCCGCCCAACUCCGUUGCUGCGCGAUCUAGUGAUGGCACCUUGGGAGACAACCGCAGCAGACGGCAACGGCAGGUCGAGGAGAUUCUAGCCCAGCAUUAUUCCGCCUUAAGAAGGUUCCUCUUUUCAAGUUAUCGGGACGACCGAGGCAAAAAGUCAAGCAAAGCCCAGGAUAAACUUCUCCGGCUCUCGCCCACUCAAUUUCAUGAACUCAGCACAGAUGUCUACGACGAGCUACUCCGGCGGCAGCAGGCUAUGCCAUCUCCCAGCCGGCCGCCUCGCCCUGAGGUUCCCGCAUUUCUUCCUCCGCGAAACGAUUUCCACGAAAAGCGCAAUCAAGCGCGUCAAAAGCUUGCCUCGCUUCAACAUCAGCGCUUUAGGGACCUCGCUGCCGAUGUCUUCCAUGAACUAGAGCGGCGAUUCCCGCAGUUCCCCGAGAAAGAGUCUCGCCGAGCUAGCCCUGCGCCCAGCAUGCGUGGCCGUCCACCACCAAAUGGGUAUGGCCCUGGGGGUUACCCUCCACCCCCGGGCGCUCGGCGCUCCCAGUCACGGGGCCCGCCCCGAAUGGGGAGGGGUUACCCCUCUGGUGGUCCUCCUGGGAGUCCCAUGUAUCCUCCUCGGAAGAUGUCUCUUAGUAGCACAACUUCUGGCAUGAAUGGGGAAGGACCAAUGCCCAAAUCCUUUCAAAGUAAUACCAUUGUCCCCAAUAAAAGUACCAUGGUGGAAGAUGAUGAUGAUGCCGCUGGCACCGAAGACGACUACGAUUCACGAAGUGAUGCAUUUGCUCUGGAUUCAUUCCUACGCAGUAGACGUGGCACUGCAACAACGAUCGGCGAGGGUGAUAGGAAAAUGCUGGCUGAUACACAAUCACAAGUAUCAACACUGCAGGACAAGGUCAGCAAACUCGAAGAGUUACUCAAAACCAAAGACGAGGAAAUUGCCAAAUCUCAGGGAGGCCGCGAGGAAGUUAAUAAACUUGAGGACCUGCUUAAAGCGAAAGAGGAGGAGAUCACGAGGUACCAGGAAGAUCAAGAUAAAUCACAGAUAAGCAACGCUGAACGGCAGGAAUGGGAUGAUAUCAAGUAUGAGCUUGAGAACAAAAUCCAUAAGGCAGAAGACCUGAACAACUCGUUGCAGUUUGAACUUGAAAAGGUUCGAGCAGAACACGCGGCGAUGGAAGGCUCAAGACAAGAAGGCGGAGAUUCUGAACUGCAGGCUCAGUUCGCCGGCCUUGAGGUUAAACACCAGAAGCUACAAACCGAGCUGCGCGAACAACAACAAUUGACUGCGGAAGUUCGGCGGGAAGCCGCAGGUUUCUUGAUGGAGAUGAGGGAGCUGUCGGAGCAGAGUCACUCAAGGUUGGAGCAUGAGGAACAAUUAUCCCAUCAAGUCCAUAAACUGGAAGAGGAAAUCCAAUUCUGGAGGGAACGCCACGCGAAAGCAAAGGCACAACUUCGGCACCUCCGCGCAUCCACUGCUGGCAUCUCAGAGCUUCGUACCGAUGUCAACACCGUGGCCAAAAACAACGAAUUCCUGCAAGAUGAUGGACUUAUCAAAGACGUCCAUAUCACAAAGUUCCAGAUAUCUGUCGAUGAACUCCUUCGCAUUGCGCGAACUGAUGGCCACCAACAUGUUAUGCCCCAAGUUAAUCCUGUUGUGAAAGCUAUCCGCGGUAUUUUGCAAGAUAUCCAGCUCGCUCAACAUUCUGAAUCUGCCGAAUACACGAAAACUACGCGCAAAGUGUCUGCAACUGCGAAUAAUCUAAUAACUGCCGCGAAAAAUUUCGCCAGCUCAGGUGGUCUCUCUCCGAUUUCCCUUCUGGAUGCGGCUGCUUCUCACUUAUCGACUGCCGUUAUUGAACUCAUCCGCAUAGCCAAAAUCAGGCCUACGCCAACAGAUGAGCUGAAUGACGAUUAUGAGGAGCAGUUUGCACAAUUGAGAUCGCCAGACUACUUCAGUGUUGCGCCCAGUCAUAGCAGGUUGAGCCACAACUCUGUUUAUAGCGCCAUAAGCGCUCCACCAGAGUCAGAAAGCCAACCCAACGGCGUGGGUAUGAAACCCGAUUACCAGGUGGAACAAGAAAACCAUGAGCUUCAGGAACUGAAGUACUACGUGGAGGACCAAGCCGACGGAUUAGUCCAAUCGAUUCAAUCCCUGGUGGCUAGCAUCCGUGGCGAGGAAAGCAUGACUACUGUCCGUACCCAUGUCUCGGCUAUCGCCUCGAUAGUCACGAAUGUGUCAUCAUCAACAGAGCACCUUAUUAGUCGACCGGACACAAGCCCGGUUCUUCGACAACGUGCUGGCACUAGCAUUGAAACUCUCGAAUACCAAAGAAGCCGCCUCGUUGGCGCAGCCGCGGAGGGCGAAGGAGCAGCCGAUCUUGGGCAGCUCCGUGCAGCCGCCAAUCAAUUGCCACCUAUUGCCUUUGAAAUUGCACGCGAGACAAAGGAACUUGUCCAACGGUUGGAUUCGACGGACCACGGUGAUGCCGAAAACGACGACUUCCGGUAG